AUGGAGACUGCAGCGGCGAUUAAAGAGAACCGGGAGCGAGAGCAACUAAGAAGAAUUUUCAACCUAACAGCGACGAAGCUGGAAGCUGAUAUAAAAGUCAAAAAUUUCUCGCAAGUGAUGAUCGACAUUGAAUUUCUUAAGAGUAAGGUUGAGCGAUUAGAAGCUUUAAAUAAAAUGAUACAAGACCGCAUGUUAGAAAGCGACAGUUAUGAUGAAGAAUCCUUCAGCAUUCAAAUUGAUACAGCGGAUACGUAUAAACGCAGAUGGCACACAAUUAACAAUCAGAUAAAGACAGGUAUGUUGUCAAAAAUUCCUCUUGAUAAAUUUGAAGAUGUAAAGCCAGUCAGGAAUUACAGUUUACCUAAGUAUGAGGUAAAGAAAUUUGAUGAUAACCUGAAGAACUGGUUAGCUUAUUGGGGCCAAUUUAAGAAAAUUGACGAAGAUCACUCAUUGUCUGGAGAGGAUAAGUAUAAGUACCUCCUUCAAUCAUUGAAGGAAGAUAGUAACGCUCGAGUUUCGGUGGAAAGUUUCCCUCCGUCUGCUGAAAAUCAUACAAAGGCUAUUGAACAACUCAAGGCAAGAUUUGGACGGGAGGAUCUUCUCAUACAGGCUUAUGUUAGGGAAUUAUUAAGUUUAGUUUUAAACAAUAAUAAAAAACAAGUAUCUAUUAGACUAUUAUAUGACAAAAUUUCAACAUAUUUGAUGUCUUUAGAAACGUUAGGUAUUGUUAAACAGAAAUAUGAAAUUAUUUUGUAUCCUCUUGUUGAAUCAGCAAUUCCCGAAACAAUUCUUAUUGCUUGGAAUAGAUGUAACACUGAUCCACCUCUUGGUAAUCAAUUGACAAGUUUAUUAAAUUUUCUUAAAAACGAAGUUGAAACAGAUGAGCGAAUUUAUUUAGCAAGGUCCGAUUUUAAUUGUAUUGGUACUAAUCACACUCUCCACAGGAAACAAAAAAGCAGCUUACUAACAGCAGCAUCGUUAGUAUCAAAUAUAAAACCAAAGGAGUCAGGUAAAGUAGUCAAUGUUAUUUGCUAUUUUUGUGACAAAAGCUAUCAUAAUUCUUUUGAAUGUAGUAGAGCUAAUAAGAUGUCCCUAGAGGAUAGAAAGGAAGCAAUAAAAAAGAAAGGUAGCUGA